AUGAAAUGGUCUGCAAUUCCUUUCAAAUCAUUGUAUCGUUCUAUUGAGAGUGGUGAGUUUGAUUUUGACCUGUUCAGAGAGGUACUUCCUGAUUUACAGAAUUUGAACCUGAACACUGAUAAUCUAAAAAACAAUACUAGCCGAUCACAAUUAGAAAAAGGUGAGGUUGAACUUUCCGAUGGAUCUACUUUUAAGCUCAACCGAGAGUUUAUUUUCGAGGCUAUUUCUUUGUCCGAUGAAUUGAACUUAGAUGAAAUUGUUGCAUGUGAACUGAUACUUUCCGGUGAUGCCACUGCGAAUAAUGGCAAAGUACAAUACUUUUUGAGAAGGCAAUAUAUUCUGCAAAUUGUUUCUUUUAUAGUCAACUGUUUCCACGAAGACACAGACUUAUACCAAGAACUUAUAAAGAAUGGAGCUUUAGUUUCUAAUAUCCUCUCAGCCUUUAAGUUCAUUCAUACUCAAUUAUCUGAGAUUAAACAACAAAUUAAUAAGGCCCAAAUACUAGAGAAUUAUAAUGCUUUAUUCCAACAAAAUAUCAAAUUCAGAAGAGACUUCUUGCUGAGAGAAUAUGAUAUUCUGAGUCAAAUUUUAUACGGUUUAGUGGAUAAAGGAGCCAUCAUGAAAAACAAGGAUUUCAUACUGUCCUUGCUUCAUCACGUAUCAGAAUUAGAUUCCAAUGAUUUUUUUAUAAUAUACUAUACUCCUGCAUUCUUCCACCUUUUCGCAUCUUUAAGAGUUUUACCCGAUGCAGAUGUUAAAUCGUUACAUUCCCAGUUCAUAAAAGACUUAAAGGAUGACUCCAUAUAUUCCAAACCGGUUAAAGUGGCUCUUAUCUUUAUUUUUUUUGCUUACUUCAUCGGAUGGUGUAAGGAGGAUCCUAAAAGGAGGGCUGAUGUGAUGGACUUCAAAACUGAUGUUGAUGAGCCAAUGACUUCUGCCGUCGAAUUAGGUGCCAUCGAACAAAUUUUAAUAUUUGCUGCUGAUACUUCUAUCGUGGAACAAGACAAGAGUAUGGAGCUUUUCUACGAUAUAAGGUCUCUAUUAGAAAGGCACAUUCCAAGGCUAAUUCCUAAACAGCUACUUGAUGAUGAAAAAAUCUUCAGUCAAACCACAAAUUCUAACUAUAACUCUGCAGUUGUAACCGACAAUAUGAACGGUAGCGGCUUAUGGAAUUCGUCUUAUCCUGGAAUGAUGUCAAUCGCUGGUACCACUGGGCUAAAUAGUAUGCCCAGUAAUGUCAACGAAUAUUCCUAUACGACUAUUGUUUUAUCAGAUCAGACACAAGAGUUUUUCCUUUCAUCCUUUGAUGAUGUGCUUCAAACUAUUAUUACAGAUUGUGCCUUCUUGCUUACAAAAAUUAAGGAUGCCGAGGAAGAUUCUUUGUUGUCUGGUGAAGACUUAACUCUGGAUGACAUCUCAUUAAAGGCUGACUUAGAAAGGUUUUUCCUGUCAAUAUAUUUCUUCUAUGCAUCUAGACCUGACUAUUCCAGUGCUUUCUGGUCGGACAAGGAGUCAAACGCUUAUGGUUUCAUUGAGUGGUGUUCCAGAUGCAACGACAACUUGAUGAGGUCUUGUUUUUAUUUGAUGAUUUCUAGCCUGUCCUUUGGUCCUGAAAAUUCUCUGAAUGUUUAUCAUUAUUUUGGCGAAAAUAACUCAAUUUCAUGGAAAAAUAUUGCACAAUGCGUCAGUGACUACACUAAAAAAAUAAGCAAUUUUAACUCGAGCCUCCAAAAGAGACAGCAAUUUAGUGAAACAACCCAUAACGAUAUCGACUCGACUGCGGUGGCCUUAGAAGAAGGCUUAAAUGAAGAAGCUGUAAUAUUUCUAUCUUCUCUAUUAACACUAGUUGGAUCAGUUACAUACCAGGUUGAUGAGGAUGUAAAAAGCUCUCUAUCAACAAUUUUCUCAGAUGUUCUUUUCGAAUUCACAAAGAUAAACACACCCCUCGUGGGCGCUGCCUUCAAGGUUUUAAGUAAUUUGGUUCCAAAACUUGAAUCAUCAAGGACAAAAUUUUGGUCUUUUCUGGACUCGCUAGUUUUUAAGGAUUCAUCAUUGAAUUAUUCAUCCGAAUCUUAUAGAACUGCUUUCACAAGCAUAUUAACAAAAUAUUCUGAUGUUUUAGGGUUUUUACAGCUCUUCCAAAAUCUGAUUUCUAUUCAUUCCCGCGAAAGUGGUAGCGAAUACAUGGUUUUUGGUAAAUUGGCAUUUCCUGCAAGAUUAGGCCAGGGCUAUAGGAAGGUAGGGAUAUGGCCAUAUUUCGACUACAUUUUUAAUGACAUUUUAGCCCACGUAGAUCAAAUCGCUGAUAUUAGAAAUAGAAGAGCUGUUCAACUUCCCAUUUUGAAAAUUGUCCAUACUGGCUUAUGCUCUUUUGACUACAGCGUAAUUUUGAACUCUAUUCCUGCUGCUGCGAAUUUGGAUGCUUUGGUAGAUUGCGAAAAUUUCUUCAAUUACGUUCAGGAGUGCCCAACAACCCCCGUAUUCAACUAUAUAUUUACGGAGAAGGUUUACAAAAGUAUAUUUAAUGUGGUCGAUGUUGGUGUUGAUCAAUUAUCCAUAGAGUUAGAAGGCGGCAAAAAUCAGGCUGAAUUGUUGCAAGUAGCUGUGAAAAUAAUCAAUAAAGUAUUGGAUUAUCAAGAGACAUACGUAGAAGAAUUAUUUCCGAUUGUCAAAAGGCAUGGCAAAAGUGAUUAUUUCUUGCCAAAGAAUUAUUCUCUUCACGGAUUACGUUCAUUUUACGAUGCUAUUUUUUUCAAUAUCCCACUUGUUGCACACUUGGGUUUAUACGUCGGGGUUGACGACCAAAUCUUAGCACUCAACUCACUGCGGAUAUUGGCGAAACUUUCAGAACGCUCCGAUGGCUCCAUUGCAUCGAUAUCUAGGAGAAAUAAGUUGUUAACGAUAUUCGAUUCUGUAGAUGAAUCGGCGAGAAUAAAGGAUGCAUUUAUUACACAAUUGGAAACCUCGAUAACGGAUGCUGGUGUCCUUGCUUUGAAGUUAGAGCUAUUGGAUUUUUUAACAUCAAAUCUAUCUAACUGCAGUCGAACGAUGAGCAUCUCUCAUUUAUUAUUAGGUUUCCAGGUUUCAAACGUUAUAUCCCUGGGACCGAACUUGGCAACCUUUAUAUCUUCCGGAACCUCAUUACUUGAUUCCCUCAUCAACCUACUGGAAGCUUCAUUGAACAGCAUCAAUAAAGACAAUAUUGAUUAUGCACCCAUGAGAUUGGCUACAGCAGCGCUGGAAAUCAUUCUCAAACUAUGUCGCAAUACGUUAACGUCUGGCCUUUUGUAUUCAUACCUAAUCAAAGAAAACUUUUUUGAAAGAAUAAUGAUCCUCGAUCCACAAGUAACAAGGUUCACAACUUGGAAUGGUUCUCCGUUUGAUAAUUCCACGGAGGAAAAAUCCAAGAACUUCGCUGAAAGCGAAUCUGUCGGGGCAUUUUUAUCAUUUUUAGCCUACAGGAAUUAUUGGACACAAUAUUUGGGCCUAUUCAUUCACAAAAUGUCAUUUUCGGGAACGAAAUCCGAGGUUUUAACAUAUGUGAAUUACUUAAUAUCAAAUACAAUGUAUUCAGUAAGGUUAUUUUCCUUCUUGGAUCCAUUAAACUAUGGAAAUAUCCGUGAAUCAAGAGAGACGCUAUCAACCUUCACUAAUGUUCCUUUGAAUUUAGAACAAGUCACUCUUAACAAGUAUUGCUCUGGCAAUAUCUAUGACUUCCACGAAAUGGAAAACCUCAUGCGUCUGAUUAGGAGAGUUUGUGCUGAAAGCUUGAAUUCUAAUUCCUUUAGCCCCAAUGUGUCAAAAGACCAAUUUUUGAAGGAUGCAGAUCUCGAGUGUAUAAAAGCAAAGAGUCAUUUGACUAUUAUUAUAUCAAGAAAUAAAGCAUUGGAGCUCAACCUGUCUGUGCUACACUCUUGGGUACAGUUGGUUCAAAUUAUUGUCACUGAUGGAAAAUUAGAGCCAUCAACAAGAUCAAACUUCAUUUUGGAAGUUUUUGGUACAAUCAUUCCUAAGAUUAGUGACUAUAUUGAUUUUAAUAUAACUUUUUCAGAAGAAUUGGUUUCUCUCGCCGUUUUCCUAUUUGAUAUAUAUAACCGCGAUCGUAAGUUGAUUAUCGACAAGGGCACGGUAGAUGGCAGGUUAUAUCAAUUAUUCAAGACUUGCAUUCAGGGUAUAAACUCUCCACUUUCCUCUGUGGCAUUAAGAUCUGACUUUUAUAUAUUAGCAAAUCAUUAUUUGAGCAGAGUUUUAAGUGACCAAGAAGGAUCCGAAAAAGUUCUACAAGAUUUGAGACUAGGAAGUAAAAAGUUAGUGGAGAUCAUAUGGAAUGAUAUUAUUUAUGGUGAAGGAACUAGUAGGGUUACAGGUAUAUUACUACUGGAUUCUCUAAUUCAACUGGCUAAUAAAAGUAAAGAGAAUUUCAUACUGGAUUCACUGAUGAAAACUACGAGAUUGCUUCUAAUAAUACGUUCGCUGAAAAAUACAGAUGCUUUGUUAAAUUCUACUACGGAGCAUAUAAACAUCGAUGAUUUAUUAUAUGAAUUGACGGCUUUUAAAGCCACUGUAUUCUUUUUGAUCCGUGUUGCCGAAACUAGGAGUGGAGCUAGUGCUUUAAUUGAAAAUAAUUUAUUCCGAAUAAUCGCGGAAUUGUCAUUUCUGAAAGUUGAUCCUGAUUUGGGUCUAGACCUUAUGUUCGACGAAGUUUUCGUUCAGAAUUCUAAUUUCCUGAAGGUUAACGUCACUUUGGAUAACCCGCUAAUAGUUGAUAAAGACGCUAAUGGUGUUUCAUUGUUUGAGUUAAUCGUUCCCAUAUUCCAACUAAUAUCAGCUGUUUUGGUGAGUAUGGGAAGCUCAAACAAAAGUGUGGUUCAAACGGUAAAAAGCCUAUUGAAUACGUAUAAAAGGUUAGUGAUAGGAAUAUUCAAAAGAGAUCUUUUGAGAGAAAAAGAAGACAAGAAGAAUUUGACGGAUCCCAAUAACCAAAGUUUGAACGAAAUGGUGAAGUUAAUUGUGAUGUUAUGCACAUUAACAGGAUAUCAAAAUGACGACUAA